ACACUGUACUAGUAUGUGGUGUACAGCUUUAGAUUUUAGCUAACUAAUAGUUUAAAUUUCAGAUUAGAUUUUAUGAAAAAAACACAAAAUGAAUACAAAAGCAACGUUAAGAUUAGCGACAAAAAUGACAAAGGACGAAUCUAACUGCGGAAACACAAAACCGAAUACGAAGGAAGCCAUUAUUGAUGUCAUAGGAAGCCCAAUGCGGAACACACUAAUGUGGCAGAGUUUAUCACCCGGACUUCGGGCUGAAGCUCUUAAACGUGCACAGCUCGUGCAGCUUUUAAAACAGGUCAACCCGGAAUUGCAACUGUGUAGAAAAAGCACUAAUGAUGCUUCAGUUCAAGCCAAAACUACCCUUGAAAAAGGAAUCCAAGUUCCAGAUAUUCGAUUUGAAUUAGCAGCCAACUGGAAAGUUAAGCCUCGAAAACCCAUUGUGUGUGGAGGUUUCGUUGGGCCAGGAGUCCGAAUUAAACCGCGACAGUCAACACCCUCAUGCGAUGCUCGGCAGAAUUUUCCAGGCUACCCGCCAAUGAUUAACCUGCGGCGUCCUCCGCCUUUUACCGUGUCGAGGUCUAUUCUUCGACCUGAAGCACCUCCCCACACACCAAGAGGCAUUGCAGCGCAUACAAACCAGCCUGUAAGACGUCAGCAAAAAGAUGAAAACCGUAAGGCCAACUCACCGUGCAAGCCUGCAGAACAGAUGACAAUAUCAACAGCGGAUUACGGGUCAUAUAUUGCGGCCAAGCGAAAGAAAGCAGCCGAACUCGAAGGAAAAACUGUGGAAACAAAGCUUACCAUCGAAGAUUGUGAGGAAAAAGUGGAUUUGGAAAACAAAGUGGCAAACAACCAGAAAACGGCUUCCAGCGGCGACGAUGAUUCUGUGGUUGUUGUUCUUGACGAACCAAAGAAAGAACGAGAUUUGGAGCGAAAAUAUGGCCAGUUCUUCUGCAGACGAUGUCUGCGUGGUUGGUCCAGCAGAAACGUAUGGUGUGUUCGAAACAGUUGCAAAGUUUACAUAAAGCAGACUUGUAACAUGUGCCACAGGAUUGUGAAUCCUUAUCUGGUUUGCCACUUGCCUGGACCGUUCGUGUAAAACGUUUGAAAAAGAAAAAAAAGAAAAUUGCGGUGAAAUUACUAAUAUAUAUGGUAAAGUAAAAAUGUUAAUAUGUAUGAUAAAAUUAAAAUGUGCAUUUUAUGUUUAAAAAUCAAUUCUACAACGCAAAGUUCUUUCUUACUGAAAGUUUCACCUGCAUGUACUGUGUUGCUCUAUUUACUGAGUGUUUAAAUAUGAAAGUUUUUGUUGCCUAAAUAAGUGAACGUUUUGUUAAACACAGGUUGUUGGUUGCGCAACUAGUUUUUCAAUGUUGAAAGUUUUGUGUGGGGUUAACUAUAGCUCGCACACUGUUGAAUGGUUUGCCAUUAAAUAUGGUUGUCUUUUGUUUGCGCAUACCAACCAAGUUUGCAUUAUAAUAAAGUUUCCUGUGUGCCAUGCAUUGAAAA